CUCGCUCAAUCGACAGUAAGUGGGGAACUAGUUGCGCGUGCGCACGUCGUCGCUCCGAACUCAACCGCGAUCGCGAAACGACUGUCAAAAGUGCUGUUACUUAAAAGUGUUUAUAGUUCUGUCAUCUGUGAUUGUUUUUUUUAAUGCCAGCCAGCAGCUCCUAGCAUCGAAAAGGAAAAAGGUACCCACUAUCGACCGAUGCUGCUCUGCAACGGAAUUGUCGAACAAACAAGUAACGAGACGACGAUGUGACGAAGUUUUUCGUCAACACGAUAUCUGCCAUCUUGUUUCGUAAAGCGAUACUUCAAUUCGGAUAAAAAUGGCGUUAAGGUGGUGUCUUCUAGCGAUUGCAGUGUCAGUUGCGCAUGCGCAGUCGAACUACGGAUCACAAGCGAAUAAUAUCGAAUACCAGGGCGACGGACUGCCUGAACAAACUAUUCUAGAUGGAAAGGUUACGAAGCUAGACGAUUUAAGUCCUGUGAUAUUUUUAAAUAGAACGAGGGCGUCGCUCAAUUGUGCUGCCGGAUCCAUGCAAAUGGAGCUUAAGUUCAAAGAGAAGUUCUAUGGGAUCGCGUACGCGGAUUUCGACAGGAACUCGGCUUGCCAGGUCGUGGGCAAAGGAGCUACGUCGUACAAGUUAGAGCUGCCACUUAAGGGAUGUGGAACUAAACAGGACCCGCUGCGAGUCUUCACCAACAACAUAGUGGUGAGGUUCCAUCCUGGACUUGAGAUGGACGGAGAUGAAGUGAUCACCAUUGUAUGCAGAUAUCCACCUCCUGUCGUGCCUGUUCCCAAACCGCUUAUUGCCAUACCAGAAGCAACGGGUCCAUUGCCUGCAAAGGCCCCACUGGCCGGUACCCACAUCCUGAUGAUAAUCUGUGCCAUACUCUUCCUGACUUUAUUGCUACUGGGGCUCGGAGUCUCCUAUCUAUGCCUCAGGAGAAGAGCUCUGCCAGUUCCAAGAAGACUCAUCGAUGAUUCAUCAGCUUCUAUCAUCAGCAGAGAGAGCAUACAGGAGGUGAAAAUCCCUCGCGCGCAUCCUGUGUAUCCAGUGGCAGCUGAGAGUGCUAGCGUCGCGUCCGACACGAUCCCAUCCGACUAUCCAUCCGAAACACCGAGCGAGGCGGAACAUGCUCAUCUCAACCAGGGCUACUCGUUCGAUGAACAUCAGAGCGAAGGUUACAACUAUAUGGAAUCUCACGAAGCAUCUCACAGCCGUCUUCACACAGGAGGCGUGCCGCCGGCGUUUGACGUCCGCGUGCGAGUGCAACGCCCCCCUGCGCCUCCUUCGCCUCAAUCUACUAUCACGACCACUGAAGUUGAUGGCGGAAGUAUGAGACAGACGCUACUAGAGGAGCAUGAGCGACAGGAGUCUGUACGCACGGUGUCACCUGGAGCGCUGCCUUUACCCGCACGAGCUGCGCACGCCGCGCCACCGCAGCGACCGCCGCGUCCUCCUGUCUUGUACACCGAAGUCAACAGAGAUAGACAGGAAUGGUCAAGACGUCCACGCUCUAUUGUGUCUCUGAACACGGAGAUGACUGACACUCACUCUGUCACUGAAGUUACUGAUGGAUCGCAUGCCAGAAUGUUCCACAUCAAGAAGCCGCCUCCACCGCCUCCUGUGAUGCAGGAACGGCUGCAAACGGAGGAACAGGAAAUGCUGAUGGAGAGUCUUGAACCGAUACCAGAAACACCCAUAAUGCCUGCGAGGAAACCAGAAAUAACAUCCCACGUAGUCGACGAUGUGUUCCUUCGAACCAUUACGGAGAAGAAGACUAUAGAAGACAUAGAGCGACAUAAGCGUUUAGUCACUGAAUACAAGCAGGUGCCAGCGCCUCCGCCGCAGUUUGACGUCACGAUCAGGAAUCACACCCUGCCCGAGGCUCAGUGGGAGAACUUCUCAGACAUCAGUUCCGCGUCAGGCAUGACGUUGACACCGAAAAUGGAGAGAGUGCCUAUGUCACUGCCGCCACAGAAGUUUAUUGGUAAAGGCGGACCAGACCUCUUCUCUCCUGAACUGAUCAAGCAAACGACAUACCAACAACCAUCGUCUCCAGAUCUCCCUCUCUUGCCAGAGCUCCCUCCGGCUCGCAAUCCGCUGUUCCGAGACGAAGAAGAUGUACCAGAACCGACUCCUGCACCACCCGUUCCACAAAACUGGAAUGUGCUUACCAGAGUGUUGAAGACAGAAGCUCAGGAUGAGGUCCUUUCAGAAGCCGAGCGGUCGUACCGACUUACUCGUGAGGAGCGUCUCCGUUGGCGCGAGCUGAUCACCCAUGAGAGCACCCUGCGCCGGGAGCUGGCCCGUUCCUCUACGAGAGAGGACUUCACCAAACUCGCGCACGAUCAGAGAUUCGCGCCACUCUACGCGCCACCUAAGUGGGAGGUCAUCAUUCGAAUUCUGGCACCUCCACCAGAUAAACCCAAGAACCGGUACCGUAAGAAGGCGGAAUGGGAUACCAGGUCUCGACGAAGCUCCCUGCCGACUCUGUAUGAGUACGACAGCGACGCUACUUCGUUGAGAGAGCCGCGUUCCAGGAGAUCUUCCUACAGGAGCGACCAUGUCGAUAUGAGAUCGAUGUCAGAGAUGAUGGUGGACUAUGCACGGGAGCAAGCGGACACCCACUCAGAAGUAUCAGCAGGCACGCUGCUGGGGAGAUAUUAUGACGAUGACAGUGACUCGGAGCAUCCCUAUAACCAACACCCUUCAUGGCGUAACUCGCUACAUCGCUCCGUGAGCCAGCCGUCUUUGGCGAGGUCUGCAACUGAAGUGACGGAACAGUGGACAGUACCCGACGGUGAUGUUACCCCCACUCCUGGCAGACGAAUUAUAGGUCCCCAAGGGUUAUCAACAUUUACAACAUCUGAAGUUCGCACGUUCCAAGCGACAAGAGAAUGGCGAGAAUAGGAUUUAUAAUAAGACAAUGCACUGUACAUUGAUAUGCAACGUAUCCACUUCCAUCAGAAAAGAAAAGAAAAAAUAAUUAUCACAGAUUUUUAUAAAAAUAUUAAAAGACAGCAUAUUUUCGAAUGCAUCAUUGACACUCAUUUUUGUUUGAUCAUCCAAAUAUCUUUCGAAAGGGGUUUUUUUAGUUUUUUGGUUGGUAUUGUACUGAAGGCUUAUUUAAGGCUUUAAGUCGCAGACUGAAUAGGAUUGUAAACGCUACAACCACCCAUACAAUAUUUGUGUUGAUCAUGUGGCUAAGCUGAAAAUGGGCAUUUAUUUUACAGAUUAUCUUUUGUUAAUUCAAAAUUUACAUAUUAAAUUGAAAAAUUGUUCCGUUUAAGUUUUAGAAAAGUACUUAUUCUAUUAAAUUCUUUAAAAAAAAGAAUGUUGUUAUAGCUCAAAAGUCGAAGAUUUUUGACUCCAAAGUUUAUUUUUGGGAACGAACUUCCAAAUUUGUAAUUUGAUAAUACAAAUUAUAUAUUCAUAUUCUAUUCGGUUCAAAUUUUUCUUUAAGUCCUUCUUUGUGCACUGUAUUUUUUUCGUCGGAAUAUUUUCAUUGCGUUAUGUUGUAAUCGACUUUCUAACAAACCAAUUUUUGUGGAUAUAAUGAGGUAUGACCGCGCCUUAAGGAUCUAAAUAAAUAGUAUGUUCUAGAUCAAUUGCAGCUCAAAACGUUAUAACAACUUCAUUCAAAUCAUAAAGUGAAUUAUAAAUGUAUUGUGGAAGGACUGUUAUAUAUUUCUAUUAUUCAUUUAUAUGUCUAGAUAGACUGUGAGAGCUGUGAAAACGUCAAGAAACAUUGAGGUUGACGGCUAACCUCUAUUUUGAGCAAUAAAGUUAUAAACGUGACCUGCUUUCAUCGUUUGUCUAGCAGCAAGAGGCUCUGUCUAGACUUAUAAAUUAUGUAAACUAUUAUUAUUAUAUAUUAUAAUAUUAUAUAGUAUUCAGAGUCGAUUAAGUAUAUUAUAUAAUUACUUUCUGUAGAGUCAAAAACGUUAUGUAUAAGCGCGUGCGUAGGAAAACAUAUGACAUUAAAAAUGAAAAUUAGUUAUGGCGAAACAAUAGGCAUGUCUGCCUAAGGUUCCGAGGAGAGAUGGUCUCCUGGGGGCGCGCUAAUCCUCUAGGAACUCUCUUGAGGUGCUAAAGUGUGUGUUUCUGACUUUGUUGCUGAUAAGGAUUAAUCUUUGUCAAUAAAUAUAUUACUAAAAAUGAAAGGAAAUACCAUUUUUUUUUGUUUUAUUAUUUACUAAGUCUAUGAGCAAGACAAACCAUACUUUGUUUCUUCAAUUCAUAUUUUAUUCUUCAACAUUGCGGGUUAUAAGUCAACUUAUGUGUUUCUUUACCGUUACCACAUAUUAUGUUAUAUCAAUUAUCUUAUUUGUAUAAGUAGAAUAAUUAAAUGCUUUUAUAAUCGUAUGUAUGUUAAACAAACAAUUUUUAUAUUAUAUUCUAGCAUAAAAUUUAAGCCAAUUAUGAAUAGCACUAAUAUUAUGUAAUAAAAUGCUGUAGAUUUAAUAAUAAUAUUCGAUAUAAUUUUGACUGCCAACGCGUUUCAGCUUGUAAUAAAUGCCUAAUUAUGUAAUACUUACUGUAAAUAUUAAGGGGAUGUGUUUAUACCUAGCAGUUGCGGCAAAUUACUUAUUGCCUUGAUUGCUAUGUGAAGGGGAUAGGCUGUAUAUAGAACAAGAAGAAAUAAUAAAACAACUAGCUGACCCAGUAAACGUAUUGCCGAUAUUAAAAUCGCGAUACGAAAGUAACUGUUGAUCGUAGAUGGGUGAAAAUUUAAAGUUGUAUGUAUUUUUUAAUGUUGACCCAUAAUCAAGGAAAAUUUAAAAAUAAAAGUCAAAAAAAUUAAAAGAAAAUUUGGCGUUGACCACCCCUAACAUUUUGGGGGAUGAAAAAUAGAUGUUGUCCGAUUCUCCGACCUACCCAAUAUGAACUCAAAAUUUCAUGAGAAUAGGUCAAGCCAUUUCGAAGGAGUUUAACUACAAACACCGUGACAUGAGAAUUUUAUAUAUAUUAGAUAGAAAGUAUUAAAAAAGUUUGUUUUUUUAAUUUAAUUAAAAAUUUAAAAUUGGCUACCCUUCGAUCGGCUUAUAAUUCAAUGUAGUAUAUUAAUUUCUCUUGUUUUAUAUACACACACAUAUUUUAUUGCAUUUUAAUCUUUUGAUACUGAAAGUUAAAUGUAAUUGGCAAUAAAUUAAUGUUUUAUUUGGUAUGAUACCGGUGUAGCAGCGCGGUGCUAAGGAUGUGAAUUAAAUAUAAUAUAACUCAAAAUAAAAUAAUAUGUAUUAAAUAAGUCUUAUUAAAUAUACUUACGUACCUUUAACA